AUGAAUCCGUACAAGGACCUGCAUCACACAUGGCCUACUUCCUAUGCCACCGUGCCCUCCUGCCCAACCCCUCCUUCCCCACCCCGCCCCCCCCGCCCAGUGCGCUACAAGGACCCCAUGGAUCCGUACAAGGACCUGCGGGACCUGGUGGACCCUUAUAAAGACCUGCGGGACACACUGCUGGCAUCGAGGCAGCAGUGCGGCAUCAUCUACUGCCACUCCCGCAGCAGUGUUCUUCCCCACUCCCUCUUUCUUCCCCCCCUUCUUCCCCCAGUGCGCUAUAAGGACCUCAUGGACCCUUACAAGGACUUGCGGGAUACUUUGCUGGCGUCGAAGCAGCAGUGCGGCAUCAUCUACUGCCACUCCCGCAGCACCUGUGACGAGCUCGCCUGCUGGCUCACGCGCGACGGACUCCGGGCUCUCCACAUCAGCUCGCACAGAAGCACUGGACGACUGGUGAUGUGGGAGGAAGGUCCCCAUUAUGAUCACCUGCCUGUGUGUGACGAGACCGCAUUGGCCCCUGCCUGCUCUUUCUGUGUGUGCUCUCCUGCAGUGUACCAUGCAGGGCUGUCCACCGCAUCUCGCACAGAGGCACUGGAUGACUGGUCACGAGGGAAGGGCGAGCAGGCAGCGAGAGACAAUAAGCCUUGCUUUGAGGCGCUUUACAAGUCGUCCCCUUCACUCACCACCUCCUCUCUGCAGGGCAUUGAUCGUGGGAUAGUGCGGCUGGUGUGCCACUACUCCCUCCCCAAGUCGAUCGAGGCGUUUUAUCAGGAGUCAGGGCGAGCAGGCAGGGACCAGCAGCCCUGCCGCAGCAUUCUGUAUUAUGGCGUGCAGGACAGACGAACCAUGGAGUUCAUAAUCAAGAAGGACGACGGUGCACGGGGAAAAGGCCCUCCACAACCUCAGCGUGUCAAGAACGCCCUGGAUGCCUUUCAAAAGAUGGUGGACUAUUGCGAGCUCCUGUCAUGCCGCCGAAUCAAGCUGCUGACGCAUUUCGGAGAGACGGCCACCCCAAGGCUGUGUGCGGGCGGCUGUGACGUGUGCAAGACCCCACACUCAGUAAAGGCAGCUCUUCAGGAGCUUCAGGAGAAUGGUGCUGUGGGGGGCAGCGGCGGUGGCAUGCAGCCAAGGGUGCAAAUGGGCAGGCCGCCGCUCUCUUCCAAGUUGAAGGAUCUGGUGGAGAGCGAGUUCUGGAAGAGGGAUGAUGAGGAGGAGGAGCCUGAGGAGAGCAUCUCCGGCUCUGAUGGCGAACGGACAAGGAACAAGAAGAUCCUUACUGGAGGCUUCAUGGUCACCAAUACCGAGGAUUGA